AUGUGGACGCGCGCGACGCGGCGCGCGGCGCGGUCGCUCGAGGCGAGCGUGUCCGAGGUGCGCGACCUGCUGCUGAGCGCGCGCGAGGACCGGCGGGACCUCGCCGGCAACGCGCUCGCGGGCCUCGCGUCGGCCGUCGCCGUCGUGCCCGAGGCGUCGCAGUUCGCGCUCAUCGCCGGCGCGCACCCCCUCGUCGGCCUCGGCUCGACGGUCGCCGUCGGGGCGUCGUGCGCGGUCUUCGGCGGCCGGCCGGGCAUGGUCUCGGGCGCGUCGGCGACGUGCGCGCUCGUGCUCAAGCCGCUCGUCGAGUCGCACGGCGUCGAGGCCAUGCGCGUCGCCGUCUUCGUGGCCGGGCUGUUCCAGCUCGCCGCGGGGCUGCUCAAGGGCGGGCGCCUCGUCCGCAUGGUGCCGCAGCCCGUCGUGCUGGGCUUCGUCAACGGCCUCGCGGUCAAGGUGCUCCGGGCUCAGGUCGACCACUUCCAGCCCGGCGGCCGGCGUCCGCCUACGUUCCCGCACGGCACGUGGCUCGCGGGCGUCCCGCUGCUCUGCCACGGCGCGCUCGUCGCGCUGAGCUUCGCCGUCAUCGAGGGCGCGCCCGCGAGGCUCACGCGCUUCUGCCCGGCGCCGCUCCUGGCCAUGGGCCUCUGCUCCGCGCUCGCCCGGUGGCGCGAAAUGCCCGUGCCGCUCCUCGCGGACGUCGUCGGCGCCUUCGACGGCGGCGCCGAGUCGCUCCGCGUGGCGUUCCUGCCCCGCUACGACGCGCGCGCGGCGGUCCCCUGGCUCGGGCGCGCGCCGUCGCGGGCGCUCGUCGCGGCGGCGCUGCCCUGCGCCGUCGAACUCGCGGCCGUCGGGUUGCUCCAGUCGCUGCUGACGCUGCAGCUCGUCGACGGCCUCACGCGCGACGGCCCCGACGGCCGCGGCCGCGCGUCGCGCGAGUGCCGCGCGCUCGGCGCGGGCAACGUCGUCGCGGGUCUAUGCGGCGGCAUGGGCGGCUGCGGGCUGCUGGGCCAGUCGCUCGUGAACCUGAGCUCCGGCGGCGCCGCGCGCGCUUCGGCCGUCUUCUACGUCGCCUUCGUCUUCGGCGCGCUCGCCGCCGGGGGCGCGCUCCUCGGCGCGCUGCCCGUGGCGGCGCUCGUCGGGCUCAUGCUCGCGGUGGCCAAGCACACCUUCUCCUGGUCGAGCCUGCGGCUCCUGGGGCGGUGCCGCGCCGCGGACGCGGCGACGAUCCUCCUCGUGUCCGCGCUGACGGCGACGCGGGGCCUCGCGCUCGCCGUGGCGAGCGGAAUCGUCGCGACGUGCGUCCGCUUCGCCUACGACUCGGCGAACGACCUCUACAGCUCCCACGAGGCCGCGCUCGGCGUCCGCACCGUCGACCUCCACGGCACGCUCUUCUUCGGCUCGGCGGCGGCCUUCAAGGACCACGCCGCGCCGACGGACCGCGACCGGGCCUACGCGCGGUCCUGGCGGCGGCGCUGGGUCAAGCGCGUCGUCGUCCUCGACUUCCUCCAGUGCCGCGUCUGCGACGCGUCGGCGAUCGCCGCGAUCAACGACGCGGUCGACGCGUACCGCGACCUCGGCCUCACGGUCGUCCUCCGCCACCUGAGCCGCGACGCCGCGCUCUUCCUCCGCGCGGCGUCGACGCGCGCGGACGUCGUCUUCGACGAGCGCGACGACGACCCGUCCUACUACGUCGCCGCGACGACGCCCGACGGGCUCGGGCAGCCCAAGCAGGGCCAGACCGUCGUCGUCGAACCCGCCGACGAGGGGAAGGGGGCGCCCUAACAGGGCCGUUCC